ACAUUUACCAAAACCAAAAGCAAAAACAAAAUACAUGGGAAAUGUUGUUGUUGCAGAACUGCCACCACCUUAUCUGAAUUCGCCUUGUAAGUGAGUUUAAAAAAAUGUUCAGUUCCGUGGAUUUAUUUUUCGAAGACAAUGAAGAAGGAGUAAAUGUGGCAUCUGUAAGGCGCCAUUUGAAGGAUAAUUCUAAUCCACUGGAAUUACCGCCUGUACUUUUUAAGGCAUAUCUUCGUCUUCCCAAGGAUGCUGUGAUCUAUUUGGUGGAUACUCUUUAUAAGAACCAUAUAAAAAUUCAUCGGACAACAGCAAUACCUCCGCUGUUAAAAGUAUGUGCUGCUCUUAGAUUUUUUGCAGAAGGAAGUUUCCAAAAAUCUCACGGCAAUGAUUUUAAUUUGGGAAUGGCUCAGCCUACGUUGUUUGUGGUAUUGAAGGAAGUUGUAAAACUAAUAGAAGAAAAAAUUUGUACGCAUUGGAUAGUUUCUAAAAUGACGGAAGAGGAAAAAACCAAAAACAAAAACGAAGUUUCCCGGAGUUGUAGGCUGUAUAGAUGGUACACACGUACACAUCAUGGGUCCUAAGGAAGAUGUUCGACAUUUAUACUUAAAUAGAAAAGGUUAUUUUAGUUUAAAUGUCUUACUGAUGUGUGAUUAUAAAAUGCGUAUACGGUAUGUAGACGCCAGGCACCCCGGUUCUACUCACGAUGCCUUUAUAUGGAACAAUAGCGCUUUGAAGCAAAUGAUUAUAUCAGAUUUUGGACAGAAUACAUGGCUACCAGGUGAUGGUGGUUUUCCUUUGGAGCAGCAACUUUUGACACCCUACCGUUCAGCAGAACCGCAUUCACCAGAAAGGAAAUAUAAUACUAUUCAUUCAAAGGCCCGGAAUAUUAUUGAGCGAACGAACGGUGUUCUGAAGUCAUUAUUUAGAUGUCUUUUUGCCGAACGUGGUCUGCACUAUAAUCCCGAUAAAGCAGUUUCAAUUGUAAAUGCGUGUUGUGCAUUGUAUAACAUUGGAAAGCAUUACAAAGCUGAUUGGGAAGAGGAACCAACGGAAGUACUUAUGGAAGAGGCAAUAGUGAACAUUGGUGAAAAUGAAGAUAUUUUAGCAACAGACAUAAGAAAUAGAAUUAUGCGAUCUUUAAAUGAAUAAACUAACAUACUUAUAAUUUAAAAUGCUUUUCUUAUUUGUUUAUAACAAUUCAUUUAAUAUAAGUAUAUAUUUUUAAAAUAUUAUAGAAAAAGAAAUAAAAAGUAAAAUAACAAAUUAAUUCAGUCUUCAGUUCAUGAGAUAACAAGGUUUAUAUAAAAAUAACAGAAAAAAAUAAAAUAAAAAAAUCACAUUCUUGGAUUGGUUAAUGCUACCAAACUAAUAAAAUUCAGGUCCAUAAAAUCUUAAAACUACUACAUGAGGUUCCAUUUCUUUGUACUACUAUUAAUAUUAGGUAUAAAAAUUAGUUAUUUAGAUUAUAUAGCUUUUUUUCUAAGACUUCUAGUUUCUUUUGCUUAAUUCUUCUUUCCAGUUUUUGCUCCUCUAAGAAUGAAUCGAAUUUCUUUUUUUUAUUUCUUUAAUUUCUUUUAGGACUUCGUACUUCCACUUUUUCAAAUCUCUGAUUUCCUUUAAAAUUUCAUUUUUUUUGUAUAAGUUUUUUUCAAUUUUUUUCAAAGAACCUAAAAUCUCUUGCCCCUAUUAUGGUUUACAACUCAACUCUACUUUAGUUGAAAUUGUUUUAUUUGUCAUUACCGAUUACAACUUAACCUGUCAAAAAUGUUUAAGUUGAAAUUAUAUCACAAUACAACUUUUUUGUGGUAUUAUCGUUUACAACCCUGUUUUAGUGUGGUUGUUUUAAAUGUAUUAUUAAUAAAAAUGGAAAGCGGGUAAGUAAUUUUUUUUUUAAUUGUCCUCAAAUAUUUUAUUUAAAAGAAAUUUCGAAUGAUUUUUGCAG